AUGUUGCGCAGAGUCCUUACUCGAUUAUUUACGACCGCAGAAGAAGCACCUUUACUUAUUUCAGAUCACAGCUUUGUAUCUCAAGUAAAACUUUACAAACCAAAGGCAUUAAAUUCUCUUGAUUUAGAGAUGAUAUCCCUAUUAGAGCAAGCCAUUAUCAACUUUCACAAAGAUCCAGAAAAUAAAGCAUGUCUAUUUUUAGGCUCUGGUAAAGCAUUUUGUGCUGGUGGAGAUAUAAGGGCUUUGUAUAUGGCUAAACAAUCAGAAGAAAAUGCUUAUAUUCUUUCAGAAUUCUUCAAGCGAGAGUAUAUAGUUGAUUACGCUCUAGCAAAACUUAACCAAAUCCAAAUAUGCAUUUAUGACGGAAUUGUUAUGGGAGGAGGGGUAGGAAUUUCGAUCCAUGCUCCUAUUAGAAUAGCGACUGAGAACUCAGUAUUUGCAAUGCCGGAAAGUGGGAUUGGAUUUUUCCCUGAUGUCGGUGGAAGCUACUUUUUGCCAAGGCUGGAAGGAAGCUUAGGGGUUUAUUUAGGAGUUACUGGGAGUAGAUUAGCAGGCCACCAACUUGUCCAGACAGGAAUAGCCACUCAUUUUGUUUCAAAAGACAAAAUCAGUGCUUUGCGAGAUGCCUUAAUCAGAGACAUCAAUUCUAACACAAAACUUGAAGACAUCCAGCAAAUUGUCGAAAGCUUCAGUGACAAGCCACAAGAGCCCUUCACAGAACUUGAAGACAUUGAAAGAUGCUUUAACGGCGCCAAUUCAGUUGAGCACAUUUAUAAAAAACUAGAAGAAGAUAGCACUGAUUGGGCCCAGAAAAAGUUAAAACGCUUGGAGCUGCUUAGUCCUUUAUCACAAAAGGUGAUUUUUGAGCAAGUAAAAAGAGGGAAAAAUUUAUGGGAAAUUUUGAAAUUUUUCUGAUUGAGAAUUUAAGCCAUUUUUAUAGGAAAAAUUUAGGGGGAAAAGCAUAUCUUUAGAAGACUGUUUUGCAAUGGAAUAUAGACUUUCGCAACAGUUUAUGGCAGGGAAGGAAUUUUUCGAGGGGGUGAGGUCAACUAUUAUAGAUAAAGAUAAAAGUCCUGUAUGGGAGUAUAAAAAUGUAUUUGAAGUCCCUCAAGAAGCAGUUUUUAGGCACUUUGAAAAAAUUACCCCUGAUUCGCCGGAUUUAGAUGUCAAAAUAGAGCGGGAAGAACUUUUAAAGAGGCCUUAA